AUAUAUACAAACAUAAUAGAUUGGCAAGAUCUUGACCUUAGAACUUCUAUGUUCGCCUUAGUAUUGUCUUAAAUCAGCACCCAGAAUCCGCAGUCAUACAAUAUUUCAAGUAUGAGUAAGUUUAGCUUGGCUAAGUACAAAGCAGAAUGCGACCGCAUGAAAAACCUGCCACAUCGAUAUAAUUACAUAUCAAGCUCGGAAAAUGAUAACAGAUUAUAUAGAGGGAUUAAACUUUGUAAUGAAAUGAAUGUGCUUCUAAUAAGUGAUCCAAAUACCGACAAAGCUGCUACCUCGAUGAACAUCUGUGUUGGCACCGAAGGUGAUCCACGUCACCUACCAGGACUGGCGCACUUGUGUACGCAUGCAUUAUAUCUAACGAAGGAAGAAACGCCGCAAAAAUAUUUUAGAGCUUUCGUAGAAAUGAAUCACGGCUCAAUCAACGCCGAAACGAACGCAAAUGACACCAGUUAUUUCUUCGAUAUACAUCCGACCAAAUUCGUGAAAGCCCUGACUUAUUUUGCUAAUGUUUUUGUAAAACCACACACUUUCACCAAGGCUACGAUCGAGGUGGAAGCUUCUAAUCUUAAACACGAAUAUGAGUCGAAGAAAUUCGAUGAGAAAUGGAGAUUACUCAAAAUGUUCAGAUGGGCCAUGGAUGGAGAGAACGGGAAAUUUGACAUAGGCUGCACAGAGACAUUAUUAGGCGAUUUCAUUAAGAAAAAAGAAAUUAACAUUGUGAAGGUAUUGAAGACAUUUCAUGAACGACAUUAUUAUGCCAAAGUCAUGAACUUGUGUAUUCUUGGCAAAGAAAGUUUAGAUAAACUUGAAAAUUUGGCGAUAAAACUCUUCUCUCGAGUACGUAAGGUUGGUGUACCCGCCGAGCACUAUAGUCCACCUAGAAGUCCAUCUAUGUACAAAAUAUAUUUUGUUCCACAUGGAACUUACAAAAGAUUGUAUGUAACAUUUGAAUUUCAUCAUUCAUCGAAUGAACCUUACAAUUUCUUCAUCUAUUUGUUCGAAUAUGAUGGGAAAAAAUCAUUGACAUCGGUUUUGAAAGCCAAAGGCUGGGGCAAUUCUGUUGAGGCUGGGUUCUUUCCUCAAACUAAUGAAUCGCUUUUUGUCAUCAUUGUCGAUCUAACUACGGAAGGUCUUGAGCACGUCGACGAUGUCAUGACAAUGCUUUUUCAAUACAUUAAUAUGUUGAAGAACAGCAACGAUAAACUUAAAAGAGUAUACAACGAAUAUAAAGAGAUUAUGGAGUUAAAAUUCCGCUUUAAAAAAAAAGAAUCUCCUCUUAUAUAUGUAAAGAAUAUCUCUCAAAUAAUGCGUAAAUGCUCAAUAAAGUUUGUCCUGCGCGAAAAAAUAAUAGGGAAAUGGAUGUGGCUUAGAGAAUGGCAGCGAGAUGACAUAGAAAAAAUCUUGAAUCAUUUUUUAUCGCCGUUAUGUAUAAGAAUUUUUGUAGGAGCGAAUAAAUAUGAAUCUAUUAUAAACGAAAUUGAACCUUGGUGUGGUCAAAAAUUCAAAGUAGAAGAGAUACCGAUGGUUACAUGCGCCAAAUGGACCAAUGCGCCAUAUCAUGCAGUAAAUUUAGAUUUGCCUCCCGCUAACGAAUUUAUACCAAUACCGUCGAUGAUUAAUGUGAAACCACACAAGGGAGCUCGAGCAUUUCCCAAAAUUAUAAGAAAAACGCAAUUGAUGAGACUUUGGCAUAAAAAGGAUGACAAAUUCAACGAUCCUAGAGCUACCAUAAUCCUUCAUUUUAUUAGUCCGUUUGCUUUUAAGAAUUCCACAAGUGUCAGUUUUACACUUAUGUUUGUUCACUGUAUCAACAAAUCUCUUAGUGAAUAUGUAUAUCCUGCUGCUUUAGUUGAUUUGCGUUGGAAGCUGAGUGCUACUAUCCAUGGAAUAUUACUUGAAAUAAAUGGUUUUGAUAAUACACUACACGUACUCUUGGAAAAGAUCAUCGAUCGCAUGAUAAACUUCAAUUUAAAACCGCAAAAUUUCGAAGCCGAGAGGCAAGAGAAUAUAAGACUUAAUAUGGAAGAGCUUAAAAAGAUUGAAAAUAGUCCACCAUAUCGACAAGCGCAACAUUAUCUCUCAUUUCUGUUAACCCAUAAUUUUUGGGAGAAGCAAGAAAUAUUAGGAGCAAGUUAUAAUAUCGAUUUCGAAAAAACUCGACUUUUCAUAUCGAAAUUCUUUUCUACGAUAUAUGUUGAGGGUUUAAUAUAUGGUAACAUUACUAAGGCAGAAGCUCGGGAUACAGCUGACAAAAUCGAGAACAAGUUGAAUAAGAAAGUACUUUCGACUGGGAAUCUCGAAAUAUACCAUGAUAUUAAAUUGGAAAAUGAUCACCAUUUCAUAUUUUACAAAGAGAUUAAACAGUCCCUGAGUUGUUUAUUGAUAUUCUAUCAAAUUAAAACACGAAUGCCAAGAAUGGAUGUCUAUUUAGAUAUCGCACAAGAAAUAUUUAACGAUCAUUUUUAUAAAACGUUAAAAAAUAAGGAAAAGAUCGAUUUAUCAGGCGUUGGCGUGCAUAGGUCAUUCGAGAUGCAGGGCUUGAUGAUCAUGAUUCAAGGUGAAAAAGAUUAUCUAGAAAAUGGUAUCGAAAAGUAUAUCCUUACAUGUAUGCAUUAUAUAAUGUGUCACAUAAAGGAAAUGUCUAAAGACGCAUUUGAAAAUAUCAAGGAAUCACUUCUUCUAAAGUAUUCUCUCAGGGAACCGAAAACAUUAAAUGAUUUAGCCAAUUUUUUGUGGACUGAGAUUGAAAAUCAGCAUUACAACUUUAAUCGAAACGAAGACAAAGUAAAAAAUUUACUAGACAUAUCGUUACCUGAUUUUCAGUAUUUUUUCAAGGUAUUUUAA